CAUCCCCCAUGGAAACUCUGGGGCCACCCCCCGGGCGGAAAGGGCAGGACGAGAGGGGACAAAGGGAGUCGGGACGGAAAGGGAGAGCGGGGUCGGAUCCCAAAGAAAGGGCAGGAAAAGCGGGGGGAGAAAUGGGGCAAAAGUUGGAGGGAGAAGGGGAGAGGAUGGGGAAAGGGUCUGGGGAGCCCGGAGGUGGAAAAAAAAAUGUUUUUCUUUUCUACUUUCAUUUUCUCGAAACACGGGGGAAAGUCCCGGAGUGUCGGGAGGAGACGGCGGAGCUGAGAGCAUCGCACUGAGAGCGACCUUCUUCCAAGGAAAAGCAGAGCAGAGAGGAGGGGAGAAACUCUGCUUCCGAUUUCCCACUUGCCCUACUGAUGUUCUGCAGCAUUGCCUUUCAGAGCACAAACCCUCAGCGCCCACUGAAAACCCAUUUGCCCAUUGAAAAACAGGCGUCAAGACAAUGGAAAACCCUCCUCGGAAUCACCAAGGGUGGAACCCAGUGCUUUGGUUUCACCUGGGAUGCACUGAGGCCACUGGUGCUGCGUUUCUGCAUCGCCUGACUGCCCCAUUUCUCCCUCUUUUUGGGAGUAAGCAUUGCUUCAGGAACUGUGGGGUUUAGAAAUGCAGAAUGUGGGUCAGCACAGCAAGGAAGCACAUGCAGAGCUUCACCUGUUGUGUAGUAGCUCGGAGGAUGUAAAAGGUUUUCCUCUUGUUUUGACACCUAAAUUUUUUCUGACAGAAGAUGCACUUAGAGAAGAAUUAGAAACCCUUGAUUGACAGCUUGCUUAAAAUAAAACACGAUGGCUGCAUUUUCUUUAUUUCUCCGCUUAAACCACAGGUUUCUUUGUUCUUCGUCAUGACAAACAGAGCUUUCUUCCUUAUUGUCACUGUUUGGCACCGUAAGCGAAAUCUUCUUUCGUCUUUUCUCCUGCGAUGAGGAUGCUGCGGUGACGCUCUGGGAGAGGCAGCGAUUCACUCUGCUCCAGGAUUUAGCUCUGCCCUCAGCUGAGCCACAGAUGCUGCGGAGAGGUUGCCAGGGAUGCAGACACAAUCCUACCUCCAGGUUUUUGCUGCAUCCCCGCCGCUGAGCGAGAUAUGGAUCAUACCCAGGAUUAUCGCCCAUCCGAAUGGGAGGAAGGGAUGCUGAGAUGUCGGGUUGCAAGGGGGAUGGAUCUGGGUGCCAGGUUUUUGUGCUGUCUCGGUGCCGUGGGGUGGGAGUGGGGUGCGGGGACCCCCCCAGUGAUGCGGGGUGCGGGAUUUUUCAGUUCUGGUGCCGAUGCUGUGCUCAUGGUGAGGUCUCUGUGGCGCAAUGGACGAGCGCGCUGGACUUCUAAUCCAGAGGUUCCGGGUUCGAGUCCCGGCAGAGAUGAUCUCCAGGCAGGUGUCUCUUUUAUUUUAUGUGUAUUCCUCCAUAAAUCCCAAUCCCACUCAUUAAUUACACCCCAGAAGGCUUGAGGUGGGAGAUGGUGACUUUUCACGGCGUCGUCUCGGCCGCUGAUGCUCGCAGUGGUUGUGUGCUCCCCAUCCAAGGUGUGUUUCUUCCACCAUAUUCCCCUUCCCUCGUUCCUUUUGGUAGCUGCUGGAUGCUUUGGGUUUUAACCCUAUUUGUUCCCCCAGUUCUGCUUGUCAGACCUGUCUGAUGCUUUAAGAAAACUGCUGUGUUUCCAGUAGAAAUCUGGUGGUCAGGCAGUGGUUUGGAACCUUGUGUUGAUAUUUUGUUUGAUAAGUAUGGCUUGCCUUUCAAAUCUAUGGACAAAGGAAAAACAGCAGUAGGUCAAUAUUCUGAGUUCUUACCUUACAGAAAUCUUUUGCAAAUGCUCUUGUUUUUCAUGUUUUCAUGUUGAUGAUGCACGUUUGCUGGCAGCCACCUCCAUAUCCCUACGGAGGUUCAUCUUUGUAAGUAGUAAACAUUGACGAAAGACAAAGAUCCUGACCCUACAGCAGAGCUUCUUCCACCUCUGUGACCUUUGAAGACUUUUCUCCACUUGAAAAGUGGGUUUCUUUCCAUUGGUGUCAGCAUAGAAUCUCUUUCUGGGAAGGCUAAAAAAAAGUCCAAAGAAAUAAUGUGCGUGACCUCAGGAGUUGGAUGUAGAUGGAGCCCAGAACAGUGGGGAAGGAGGGCAGCAAACGCUUUACAUGAGAAGGUUCCAUCACGAUCCCAUUCCUCUGGAUGGAGGGGGGAAAGAAAAAAAGGCAACAAGUGUCAACAGCAACCCGUGAGGGAUGGAGUUUCCCUAGGACACGGAAGGCAUCUCAGUGGGGUUGCAGAGGUUGUGGGUUUGAGGAACAUUUGCUAUAAAGGGUAAAAAAGGUGUCCUCAGGCAUGGCCAUUAGGGCAGCACAGAGAUUUCCGGUUAGUCUUCGUGAAAUAUUAGUUAAACAAACCCAUUUCCUUCCUUUGUUCUCAGAAGAGCAUCUCCGCACAGGGGACAUCACCUCUGUGCGGGGGCAUCCAAAGCUAGAUGUGUGGAUGUCAGGAUGGCGGUGAGCAGAGCCCUGCUCCUCCUGGCUCAAGCCCUCGGCCUUGCUGUUGCAGAGAUGGCCCUGCUGACCACGGACCCCCCCUGGAGUGUGAUAUUCCAAGGGGAAAGUGUCACCCUGCGGUGCCAGGGACCCCGUGUGCAUGGGCAGCAGCCCACAGCCUGGUACCACAAUAACAAACUGCUGGAGCACACAAAAACCAACACGUACAGGAUCCAGAAUGCCAGGUAUAAAGAGAAUGGCAGAUACAAGUGCCAGAGCUCAGGCUCCACGUCCAGCAACUCCAUCACCCUGAGCGUCUCCUACGACCUGCUGAUCCUCCAGGUCCCAUCGCAUGCAGUGUUUGAAGGGGAGCUGCUGCAGAUGCGGUGCCGGGGAUGGAAGGCGGGCAGUUUGGCUGCAGUGCGGUACUACAAGGAUGGAGCUGACAUCACCAAACUCUACAGCUCAGCAGAGCAGCUCUCCAUCCCCCAUGCCAAAACCCACCACAGUGGCAGAUAUCACUGCAGUGCAGACAUGCACUCCUAUUUGUCAUUAAAGAAAAGGGAAUCUCAGCAUUUAUACGUUUCCAUCAAAGAGCUCUUCACCUCCCCAGUGCUGAGCGUAGCCAGCUCAACCGAGCCUCUCGAAGGAAGUCCCCUCAACCUGAGCUGCACCACACAGCUCAGCCCAUACAGACCCCACGCUGUCCUCUGGUACCUCUUCUAUGGGAACAGCACAGUCCUUCGAGGUCCCACGACCUCCUCCGAGUACCAGAUGCCAACAGUGGGGCUGAUGGACACUGGGUUCUACUCCUGUGUGGUGCGGACAAAAAGCUCCGGUGUCCGGAAAUGGAGUCCUCAGGUCCUCAUCACCAUCAAACGAGUCCCCGUUUCGGGGGUGUCCCUGGAGGUUUGGCCCCAGGAGGGACAGGUGAUGGAGGGGCAGCGCCUGGUGUUGCACUGCUCCGUGGCCGUGGGCACCGGCUCCAUCUCCUUCUCCUGGCACCGAGAGGGCUCUGCAGAAGUGCUUGGGAGGGACAGAAGCUACGAGAUCCCAUCGACCCAACAGAGUGACAACGGGCAGUAUUACUGCAUGGCCUCGAAUGGGGACAGCCCAGCCCGGAGCCUGCUGGUGAAGGUCACUGUAGUGGGUGCCUCCUCACUCUUCUGCAACUCUGUCAGAGCGCUGCUGCUGCUGGCAGUGCUGGGGAUCCUUUUGCUGGGGGUGGUUGUUGUCCAUGUCCUCACUGCACGGAGCAGAGAGCCGAAAGGAAUGGAGCUCCGAACGCUCAUGAAAGCAUCCGCAUCAGUCGUGCUCCAGGAGAGGAUGUUUGAGGCUGUCCCUGCAAGGGCACCCAGGAAGUGAGCAGAAUGAGUGUCCCCAUGUCCUUCCCCCAACCUGACCUGUCCGUGUUGCAGCAAAGAGAUGCUUCUGUUGGUUUUACUGUGUACAUUGCCCAAUAAAGCAUUGCUGAGCAUGGAGAGUACCAGGCCCCUUGACACCCCCAGUACAACUAAAGA